GGGGGGAACAAGGAGCUGAAAUUCAGUUGUACUGGUGGUAUUGGAGGCACGGCACAAUGGGCAAAAGCAAAUCGAGGGAGUGAAAAGAACUGAGACGCACAUGGCUUUUAAAUGGACCUCACCAGUAAACAGUUGUGACUUACAGCCCAGAAAGGACAACAUUAGGGGACCUGGACAGACUCUGUCUUUGAAGCACUGGCCAGGAAAAAAGUUGCCAGGCUUUUUUUUUUUUUUUUCCUCAGUUCUGACAGAUUCAUUGAGGAGUCAGCUGAUGGGACGGUGAGCAGUGUUUGGAAAAGCUGAAGAACUAAAGGUUUUAACCUGGAUCUGGGAACAAAAACAGAACAGCAAGGGAGAGAGAGAAGAAGGACACGCAUGAGGCAACCUACAAUGCACUGACAGCGAGGAAUGGAAAGGAUCAGCGUGGAAACAGACUGGGAUGGGUUAGGUCUCUCCUCUCCGGGCGCCAAGGGAAGGAACAACAUCUCCUCGUUUGUUACUGAGCUGAACUUGUUCAACAUUUCUCGCGGUGGAGGGUCCCUCUUUGGGAUCUUAAUAGAGAACGGCUCCAACGCCACGUCUCACACUGUUCCUCAACCCAGGGCGAGGGACCAAGGCCUAGCCCGGGCCGAGAUCGCCAUUCUGGGGGUGGUGCUGGCUCUCACCACGCUGGGCAACAGCUUCGUGUUGUGGGUGCUUCUGAGAAGGAGGAAGCACAAUGCGCCGAUGCACCUGUUCAUGGUCAACCUGUGUGUGGCUGACCUGGUGGUGGCGCUCUUUCAGGUUCUGCCCCAGCUGAUAUGGGACAUAACAGAGAGGUUUCAGGGGCCCGACUUGCUCUGCCGGUCCGUCAAGUAUUUGCAGAUUGUGGGGAUGUUUGCUUCCUCCUACAUGAUAGUUGCCAUGACAGUCGACCGACACCAUGCCAUCUGCUGCCCGCUGCAGGCCUACCGCGUUGGGGCUAUGUCCCGCUGGAACACCCCUGUGAUAGUGGCGUGGGCUCUGGCUCUGGUCCUCAGCAUACCGCAGGUGUUCAUCUUCUCCCGCUCGGAAGUGGCUCCGGGUGAGUUCGAGUGCUGGGGUCACUUCACCGAGCCAUGGGGGCUGAAGGCCUACGUCACCUGGAUGACCGUGGCUGUGUUCCUGCUGCCCGCCCUCAUCAUUACCAUCUGUCAGAUAAGAAUCUUCCGGGAGAUCCACAACAACAUCUACUUGAAGUCAGAGAGGAUAAUGAUGGCCGAGCUCAAGAGGAGUGAAAUCCUUCUUCGCUUCCAGGGCCUCAGGAAGGAGGAUGAGCGAGAGGGGGAGAGGGGAAGACAGGCGACCGGGAGAGAAGGAGGAGGACGGCUCCUGAAGGACAAUGACGCCCACGACUGCGAAGUGAGAGAACAUUACGACUAUGUGCCGUCUGUUAUUCAGUAUAGUAGCUGCUGCGGCGAACAUCAGACAGCAGCCACAACGUUGAUGCAGGAGCAAAUACAGAACGGCUCAGAUUUCCGGGAGUCCUGUGCCAACUCCGCCCGCUGCUCCCUGGACUAUGCCCCCCCUCCACAUCAGGUCACUCCAGCCCCCAGCAUCACCAAGGCAAUGUCCAAGACGGUGAGGAUGACCCUGGUCAUAGUGUUGGUCUAUACCGUCUGCUGGUCACCGUUCUUCAUCGUCCAGCUGUGGGCGGCCUGGGAUCCAGACCCUCCAGACCAAGGAGUGGCCUUCACAAUCCUGAUGCUGUUGGCCAGCCUGAACUCGUGCACCAACCCGUGGAUCUACACGGCUUUCUCCAGCAGCGUGUCCAGAGAGCUUCAAAACCUGCUGCAGUGUGGGUCACGACUCGGCCGACGCGGCUCCCUCCCGGACGACUCUACGGCCACACACACUUCCACCACUAAGGACAACCUGUACUGACAAACACCUAGAAGACGGACACACCGAGACACGCUUGAAAAUACAUGGCGGCUGGGCUGCAUGAACACCGUGCUGCGAGGAUCGAUGCCUCUGCCGCUGCCGUCGCCAUCGGCAGCAUCACCGCUUGAGAACGGUCCGACCUUUACCAGAUGUUUGCUUUGACAAAGGACAGCUGUACCCUCAGCAGGACAUCAAUCUGUUCUCACCUGCCUGCUCCGCCUCCACUGUACCUACCGGAAGGAUGCCAUUGACGAUGUCAACAACACACGCUGCCGAGCCUCGCAGUGCAUCUGCAAUGCAAAAUGACCUGGAAAGUAAAGAGAUUUUCACUUCAGUAGCUUGUGGCUCGGGUCUUGUGGAGCAAUUCAUGUGGGGAAAAUAAAAAGAAAACACUGGCUGACUCUAACAAAGCGGAGAACACCAGGAAUGCAAAGGAUGGAUCGCUGCAUUAAUAUCCUCUUGGCAUGCUAAAUGCACAAGGCAGCAGGCAAAGCUGUGGAUCCAGAGGAACCCAAACAGCAAUAAGAAAGAUUGCUACAGCUAUAAGUGGGAUCCAAAACCGAAGUGAAACAAAUGGUUUUUUUAUUACUAUUAUUUAUUUUAAUGAAAGAUCAAAGGCUGAAUUCACACUUUGAAGGAAGUCUUCAGAGGUUGGACACGUAUUCACUCCUGAGGAUGCUGAGUUGAAGUAAAGCGGAGUCCUCCAAGAAGCUGCAGAAAAACACACAUAAAACACUCUCAAACAGGAGGGGAGAAAGGAGGAAAGAGCAGAAACGAACAAACAGAUUUUCUACGAGCGACUCUGGCUGUGAACGAUGUGGCUGUAGUUUGAGUAAACAUACAAGACUUUCCAAUUAUGGAGACUCCGAAAGUAUGAACCACAAACACUAGGGUGAAGAAGUUACAUUCCAGGCGCAGUGCAGAUAUGUAAAGUAUAUUUAUUGACCACGUACGGCACAACAGAUACUACCUUUUAUUUAAAAGUUGAACGUGAACCAUCAAAUGUGAUGGUGCGUUGAGGGAAAACAAAAAGAUGUCAAACCAAAGUUUUAGCUACGCAGGUCUUAAAAGCAACAAGCUUCAACAGACGUGACGGAAAUCACUGCAUUUUAACAGAACUGUUGAGAAGAAAGUCCACAUUAAGAGGGAAAUGAGUCCAAACAAAGUGCCUGGGAUGUGAGUUAUAGAUGUUGUUAGAAGGGCCUCCCUGAACGUUUUAAUCUCCAAAUGAUGUCAGCUGUGUUGUUAUUAGACAGAGCUACCAUCAGAGCAGGGAUUGUAAGAUUUGUUAUAUAACACCAUGAGCCAUUUAUACAUUUUACUUUCUUAUUUAUUGUUUAAAAAAUUACAUAUAUAUCUUUUUUCACAUUAUUUUUCUUUCUGUGUUUUACAUUAUGCCCCUUCACUGCAUGGCAAACUAAAUGUUUUGGGUUUUUUUAUAUAAAAUUGUUAUAAUAGAAGCUCUUCUUCUUUCGACAGAUACAGUACGUCUGCACAGGCGUUUCAUCACGCUUCUGAAUGUUUAUGUUAACAGGUUUAGGGUACACAAGUUUCAAAUUCAAUUUUAAAAACACUUUAUUGAACCCGACGGGAAAUUAAAUGCAUAAAUAAAUUCAUUGUGAAUUUCCACUUAUCGAAAGAAGGCUGAAAAUCGUGUUUGACUUUGAGAGACGCUGAGGAGAGAGUGUAAUCAUUUCAAUCAGCUUUGAUGUAGCAGGUUCCCGUUAAAACACACAGAUUGUGCUGAAUAUAGAGUCAUCAGGGUGAGCUGCCAAGUUCAGGCCUUCCCCAAAGUUUAUUUCUGAGUCAGCAGUCUUUCAGUCUAUAUUGCUGUAAAACUCAUUUCGCCGCAGACGGUUGUGAUUAGGUUGUUCUAGGCUUCUGAUUGGUUCCUGAAUAUCUCAAUCAAUUUCAUUUCAUCUGGGGGUGACAGUUUGAUCAGACUGGGAUUCUGAUAAGCAUAAAUGACAUAGAAGGAGGUAAACAAUGGAGUUUUGGAAUGGCCCAUUUAACCUUAAAUAUUCAGACUGCUUAAAAAUUAAGUCAGGGAGGGAAAUCAAUCUAUACAAAUCAAAUAACGAAUGUACAUCGAUAGUAAAUAUCAGUGGAGGAGUAUGUAUUUAUCUAAACUUGUGUGUAAUGUAUAAUUUUGACCAAUGUACAUUUGAUAAAAUUCACAAUUUAUUUAAACUGUGCAUCUCUUACUUUCUAUACUAAUUGAAGCUGUAUUUAUUCCACAUUAAAAAAAAGAACAAUUUCAAUACAUCAUAAAGACUUUUUUUUUUUUUUAAUAAAACACAUUUAAAUGCUAGGUGUGUUCAAAAUUCUGACCAGAACUGUAACACUGUGUGUAUAAUAUUAGGUUAGAUUUUAAGUGUCCAUUUCAGCUGAGAUGUUCCUGAAAAUAACGCUGCGUUUUGUUCAGGGCUGUUCGGUUCAGCUCGUUCUCUUGUUUUCACCCGAGCAGCAGCAGCAGCAGCAAUGUUAUGCGUGUCUUCAGGACAAUACUGGGAGUCUUUCAAGGUGUCUGAGGAGCCCUCGCCCUUGUUGAAGGAGUGCCUCACCUUUUCCUCUGUGAGCCCAAAGUGUUUGGGCUUCCAGCACGCCACCGUGCAUUUGUUCCCCAGACUCAAGGCCUCCUACUUUGAUUCUCGGCCAAACAAAAGGUUAUUGCAACAACGUGCCGUGUCUCACUUUGUUAUAUCAGGAAAUGGAUAAACUUCUCCCAAGCCUUAGGAGUAUUCGUGUGUUUUUCCUCUCUUUCUGUCAGGAAGCAGAGAGGUCAAAGGAUGAUUCCUCUGCAAGAAAAGGCCCAGACUUCAGAUCAGGCACGCUUGAUCUUCCCAUUACGCAUUUCUUUUAGUCGUUAAAGCACAUUAAAAACAGCUUAAUAACAAAUGGGCUAUGAUGGAGAGAGAAAAAUCACUGACAUAAACAACUUUGAACAUCAACUAAAAAUAGAUCCAUCCUUGCAGGGAAUUUCUGUUUGACUCCUGAGAGCAGAGAGCCGGCAUAACCGCAGACAUCAUCCUUCCUCUCUUUUCAUAAAACGAGGUCGAUGGGUCUUUACUUGGUCACGAUUUAUCCUUGAUCAGUUUGGGUGUCCUGAUGCCCCUCGUUUUUAAACCGAACGAGGGGCAUCAACGUCGAGAUUCAAGGUCACCCCGUCAUUACAGCCAGGCGGCAUGUUCUGCGGCCGCGGUGGGGUGUGAGGGAAACAAAUGACCUGAGCUGGAUGGCCGCAAGGACGGAGAAAGUGGAGGUGGGAGGGGAAACGGUGCAUCCUCCCUCCUCAGAUCAGUGUGAAGUCAGCUGAGGAAUGACGGGGAGGGGGAUUCAACCUUUAUCGCUGUCUGUAUAAAUCAGAAAUCACAUCAGGAGUGAUCUGUCUUACUGAGGAACCCUUGUCUGUCUGCAGACCUGCUGUCUGCUGAAGCUGGUGCUCAGAUCAUUCCAAGACUGCAGGAGUCCUAUCUACCACAACAACUCGGCCGUGUGCGUUAGAAGGAGCAUUAAACUACAUGUCUAGAUAAAGUAAAAGAAAAAUGAUGCUGCUG